AUGUUUGACAACGUUUUUGGAUGGAGAAAAGCUUCUAAGUGUAAGAAAUUGAUCAAGAGAGUUCAAUGUCGACUGAAGCUUCUAAGAAGCAAAAGAUUUGCUAUCAUCCGGCAUUUAAGAGAAGACAUUGCUCAGCUUUGGAAGAAUGGAUAUCAGCACAUUGCCUACAACAGGCUAGACCAAUUAUGCAUAGAUGAGGAUAUGAUGUUAGCGUAUCAGCUAUUGCAUCAAUUUUCCGAGUUCAUAAUACUCAACCUUUCGUACAUUCGUAGACACAAGGACCUUUCUAAGGAUGUGCACGAGGCUGUUUCGACUCUCAUAUUUGCCUCAGUGAGAUGUGGUGAUCUUCCGGAGCUUAGGCUUGUCAGGAAGCUCUUUGAGGAGCGUUAUGGCCGGAAUAUUACAAUUGCUGCAGUGGAAUUGCACCCUGGAAACCUUGUUAACAUUCAGGUAAGGGACAAGCUGACCAUACAAUCAGUUUCAGAAGAUGUAAAGAACAGAUUGUUGGAUGAAAUACUGAAAGUUUCUCUCUUCAAACCAGGGCUAUUAGCCCUUGAAUACAAGCCAGAUUCUCAAGUUCAAUCCUCAAAGGCUAUUGAAUUGUAUGAAGCUCAAGGGAAAGAUAGUAGUGUCAAUAAAAACUGUGACAGUACUUCCACUAGCUGUUCAAUUGUGCUGCAGUCUUACCCUUCUGUUGCAGAGGCUCCAAAAGAAGCAAAAGUGCACAGCUUUGCGCUACUGAGUAAUCCUUAUAGUGAGUGUGAAACUGGUGCUAUUGAAGUAAUUGAAGCAGAACAGACAGGAAACGCCGCAGGCAGUGGCUGUUCUUCAAAAAGCUCAAUUGGUCAUCAGUACGCUGAUCAGGAUUCAGUGAUUUACCUGGACGACAUACAGGAGUUCAAGUCACCUACCAAACAAAGAAACAGCAUGCACUGUUUGGAUCAGGAUCAGGAUCAAAGAUUCUUCGUGUUCAGAUCUUCAUCGUUGUAUGACAAAGACAACGAUAAAUUAGCAAGUAAAAGGAUAAGGUGGGGAUCAGAAUCUAUGGAGAAAUUUUAUUUACUUGAACAGGGCUGUAAGAAGCUUGAAUCAAGGUGUAGCUUACAUCAACCAUGCUACUUUUACACCAAAAACAACAAUAAUCAAGGGAAAGAAAUCCAGGCAAUGGAUUCGUCACAAACACCCUUAAAGUUAGAUUAUAUGGGUACCCUUUUACCAAGUAAGAGUAGGGCUCUUGCGCCAUAUGUAAAGGCUGCAACGAUGCCUCAUAGUCGUGAAAUGGAGAUAACGAGUUGUACAGAAAUGUCUCGAACGAAUUCUUUGCCAGUACAGAUAAAUUACUCUUCCCGGAAGCAUGUACACCCGAAGUUGCCAGAUUAUGAUGAGAUAGCAGCUAAGUUUAAGGCACUUAAGAAAGUUCAUCAACUAAACAAGAGUACAAGACCCUUGAAAGUGCCUGCACCUCUAAUCUCAUUAAUUUUAUUGUUUACUUAUCUUAGUUUUCAUAUUAGUCUAGUUAGUUAG